AAUCCUUCAUCUGUCACUCGAUCAUAUGUGGCAUAAAAGUAAACAACCGGAAGCUAUAAAUUGUAAACAAGUGUGCAUUGUAAAUAAAUGAGUUCAUAAGCUGAGAUUUUUAAAACUUCAUUUUUCGAGAAAAUAAUGACUCCAUCUGUUGAAAUUCUAAAAGUAGGAUACUCCAUUUUAAAUGAAGAAGCCAAAUUCAUGAAAGCUAAUUGCACAUGUACUUUGGUGAGAGAUAACAACAAAAUAAUGUUGGUUGAUACAUUAACUGCUUGGGAUGGAAUUUUUUUACUAAAAGCUUUGGAGGAAAGAGGAUUACAAGCGGAUGACAUCACGCAUGUUGUUGGAACUCAUGGACAUUCUGAUCAUAUUGGCAAUUUAAAUUUGUUUACUAAGGCUCUUCAUAUCGUUGGACAGUCUAUAUCCCAUCAAGAUGAAUAUUAUUUGCAUUCCUUUGAAGAGAAUGACGCCUAUGUGAUAUCUGAAAACAUCAAAAUAAUUGCAACUCCAGGUCACACAUUAUCAGAUGUUAGUGUAAUUGUUAAUGGAACUUUGCUUGGUACAGUAGCUAUUGUUGGAGAUUUAUUCGAAAGGGAAGACGAUAUAAGAAAUCCUGAUUUGUGGCAUAAAGUAGCUGGAAGUGAAGAUCCAGACCUCCAAUUUAAAUAUAGGACAAUGAUUUUAGAUUUAGCAGAUUAUGUAGUUCCAGGACAUGGCCCAGGAUUUACAGUUACUAAUGAACUCAAAGAAUCACAUAAAAAACCUGAGAAAUAAAUAUUUUGGGAUAAUAAAUACUAUUUUAUUUAGA